AUGCUAUUCCUGACCAGAAGGUUUUUCCUGCCACAUAGUGUCCGACAACUCCUGCGGGGUGCAGGUAAAGUUCUAGAUUCCUCCGGAGUCGACCCCGCCAUCUAUGAGGGCAUCUGGGCCAGAUAUCAGUCCACCGUCAUUGAAGAUGCGGCGCGGUUCACGGGGGCCUCGAUCGAGUCAGUCCGGGAUCACUUCGAGGCCUCUGUGGAAAACCAGGACCGACGCGACCUUUUCAACUCGGAUCGAAUGUGCAUCGUCAUUGACGAGGAGUCCCUGCUCACGCUUCCGGAUGCAUCGGUGGAGGGCCUGGAGGCGGAGGGACCCACGCACGUCCACGAAUCGACGCGGUUUUUGAAGGUUCUCGAGGCGUGGCCGACUGUGGACGAGUAUGAUAGUUUCCCGGGGUGGAUGAAGUGUUCGCCCCGAGCAUUGUGGGAUCUGUGGAAGAUGAUGGGCGAUGGCGAGGAGAUGAGGAAUUCGUGGGAGGACAUGGAUGAGAUGGACGAGGGGGUCUAUUGUGGGCCGUGA